AUGGGAGAGCCUAGCGAAAUAGAAAAGCUUGCUUUUGCGUCUUUUUGGGAUAAGCGAUACGAUGUUGCAGAAACACCAAAUGACCAGCCAACUCAUGAGUGGUUUCGUGGAUUCGAUAGCCUGAAGCCCUGGCUCUUCAAGCACCUGUUCAAUCCUCGUCCUGCCGACCUUGCUCCCAUCAUCCUGCAUUUGGGUUGUGGCGAUAGCACCCUCCCUCAUGAUCUUCAUGCUCUGGGAUAUACUCAUCAAACCUGCAUUGACUUUUCGACUGUGGUCAUCAAGCAAAUGAAGGAGCGGUAUGCUUCUGAUUUUGGCAUUGAAUGGAAGUACGGCGAUGUUCGUGACUUGCCGGUGGCCCCUUGUAGUGUUGAUGUUGCUUUUGAUAAGGGGACACUGGACGCUAUGAUUUAUGGUAGUCCCUGGAACCCCCCAGAGUCGGUAAAAGACAACACCAAACGAUAUAUGGAUGAGGCGAGUUCUGAACACUUACCCCAAGAGUCAAUUCUUUGA